GAGCCACUGUUAUUGCUACUUCACGAUCUCAAUCGUCUUUGGACAAAGUCACCUCCGCAUUAAAAUCCAAGAAAAUCAAAAUGAAUUCAGAGAAUUUUCAUGGCAUCAUAGCAGAUGUUAGUGACGACAAUGAUCUCGCGAAAAUAGCCA